GAGCGGCCGUCCCCGCUGACGAUGGUGGAGCUGUUGACCUGCGCCAAGGACGUGGCGGAGGGAUGCCGGUAUCUGGAGGAGAAUCACUUCAUUCACCGGGACAUCGCGGCGAGGAACUGCCUCCUCACCACGAAAGGGCCGGGGAGGGUGGUGAAGAUCGCGGACUUCGGCAUGUCCAGGGACAUCUAUCGGUGA